AUGGCCAACACCACAACAACAUCGUCGGGUUGGGUCAACGAACCCGACGGGCGCGGAACAUGGAGCAUCCUCUCGACAUGUCUGCUAACCAUCAUUCUAUGCUGCUGGACAUCCGUCUGCCCCAACAUCCCGGCUAAAUCAGAUGGAUACUGGGCCCGCUUACGGGAUAAAUUCCACCUUGCCUGUAUGGGGAUCCUGGGCCCGGAAUUUCUUUUAAUGUUAGCAAUGGGACAGUGGUCGUCAGCUAGGAAGUCGGUUAAGGAGUUUAGCAGGUUGAAUGAGAAAAGAGGGAAAGGGGAGUGGACGAUGACGCACGCGUUCUAUGCAGAUAUGGGAGGGUUUCUUUUGGAGGGCCAUGGGGUUGAGACUCCCUUUCCGGUUGAUGCGGCGCAGUUGCUUUUUCUGGUUGAGCAGGGAUAUGUGGAGUAUCCAGAAAUAACUCGGGAUGAUAUCGGUGAUAGAAACAAGUCAGAUGGGUUUGCGAGAUUUAUCGCAGUGUCUCAGGCGGUUUGGUUGCUCCUCAAUUGCAUCCUGCGCGGUGCCCAGGGUCUUGCUUUGACAACGCUGGAGCUUACUACGAUCUCCUUUGUCAUCGUCUUCUUCGCAACAUCGUUUUGCUGGUUCUACAAACCGCAAGAUAUAACCAGUACGACUACCGUAACUCUUGCGGCAGAUAUCAAAAGUAUCCGGAAAAAGGUAAACCAACGCCUCUUCUACAGGAGAAAAUGCACUGACCUUGAGGAAAAGCACUGUCCUGCAGAACUCGAAGAAUGGUACACAAAUCCUUUGGAUUUCCUUCAUCCAAACCUCUACGUCUGCCACGUCUUCUGGCGCUACUUCAACCAGAUUCUCCGCCGGAUCCACUGUCCCAUCUUCUCCCGUCCCGUCACCAGUAAACCUUACAACCGCAUACCAAGCGACAGUUUCCCGCAUCUGGAUACGCUAGCUGAUGCCCUCGCUUGUCCGAUCGUCCUCCUCUUUGGUAGCAUGUUUAUGAUCGCUUGGAGCUUUGACUUCCCCUCAUCCCUCGAGCGAAUCUUGUGGCGCAUCGCGUCCUGCUAUACACUGUUAUUCUCCAUCGUUGGCGGCCCAUACGUACAAUUCUGCUAUAAAGUUCUUCUUCCACGGCAUGCUGAGAAACGAAGGGCUGGGGAUGUGGAAGGGACUGUUCCGCAGACGCGGAUGCAGCAUCUCGCUGCGAAGAUGGGAAAUAUUCAUCCUUCGAAGGACCCAAGGUUGGAGAUUCCGCUCUUGGCGCUCAUUCCUGUGACCGUGCUGUGCGCUUUGUAUUGUAUUUCUAGAGCGUAUAUACUCGUUGAGGACUUGGUUGGACUGAGGGACCUACCUGAGUCGGCGUUUGAGACAGUGGAGUGGUCCGUUUAUAUUCCUCAUUGGUAG